CGUCAAAAAUAAGAAGCGGCGAAGGGGGACGAACGAUCCGAGUGCACAGAGAGAAAAAAGAGAGAGGAGGGAGGCGGGGCUCGACUCGCGCCGGGAGGGGAGGAGAGGAGGGCAUGGACGCGAACGGGCCCGGGCACGGGGACAAUGGGGCGCGGGCGCCGCUCCUCGCCGGGCGGCGGCGGAACUCGGUGGGGUCGAUGCGGGGGGAGUUCGUGUCGCGGCUGCCCAAGAAGGUGCUCGACGCCGUCGACCCGGAGAGGCCGUCCCACGUCGACUUCUCCCGCUCCAAGGGCCUCCUCGAAGGAGAGAAAGAAUAUUACGAGAAACAGUUUGCCACCUUGAGAUCCUUUGAGGAGGUUGACUCACUAGAAGAAUCCAAUGUAAUAAGUGAAGAAGAGGAGCUCCUGGAGCAAAGACAGAGUGAAUUUGCCAUGAAGCUAUCAAAUUACGCAAACGUUAUUCUCUUGGCAUUGAAGAUAUAUGCUACAGUUAAAAGUGGUUCAAUUGCCAUAGCUGCAUCGACACUUGAUUCGUUGCUUGAUCUCAUGGCUGGUGGUAUCCUUUGGUUCACACAUCUAUCGAUGAAGAGCAUCAAUGUGUACAAGUAUCCCAUUGGUAAACUGAGGGUGCAGCCUGUAGGCAUUAUCAUCUUCGCUGCUGUUAUGGCUACUUUAGGAUUCCAAGUAUUUCUUCAAGCUGUUGAAAAGCUAGUAGUGAACGAGACUCCAGAUAAAUUGACCCCAGUACAACUCAUGUGGCUAUAUUCGAUCAUGAUCUUUGCAACGGUAGUUAAGCUAACUCUCUGGCUCUACUGCCGGACAUCUGGUAACAACAUAGUCCGCGCCUAUGCUAAGGAUCAUUAUUUUGAUGUGGUCACGAAUGUCGUCGGUUUGGCUGCUGCUGUUCUCGGUGACAGGUUCUACUGGUGGAUCGACCCAGUUGGUGCAAUCGUCCUUGCGAUUUAUACAAUUACAAACUGGUCUGGAACAGUGUGGGAAAAUGCAGUAUCACUAGUAGGUGAAUCAGCUCCCCCAGAAAUGCUGCAGAAGUUGACAUACUUAGCUAUCAGACACGAUCCUCAAAUUAAGCGUGUUGAUACAGUUCGGGCCUACACCUUCGGAGUACUUUACUUUGUUGAGGUUGACAUUGAGCUCCCGGAGGAUUUGCCACUCAAGGAGGCGCAUGCCAUUGGAGAAUCACUUCAAAUAAAGAUCGAGGAGCUCCCAGAAGUCGAGCGGGCGUUCGUUCAUCUUGAUUUUGAGUGUGAUCACAAGCCGGAACACUCAAUUCUCAGCAAGCUUCCUAGCAGCCAACCUUGAUUACCAAUCGAAUUCCACACUGGAAACGGAAGAUAUUGGCUAUUUGCUUGCCUUGCAGGUCUGCUACAGUACUCAGUGUCCUGUGCUAUAUGUAGCGCUGACAUCGAGGGCGGCGUUGGUCGGUCAUAAGGGCCGACAUUGACUGCGGCGUUGAUCAUGAUAUCCUAAGUUGGGGAUAUCUAAGAGAUAAGGACCAAAAUGUUGGAGACUGUAUGGACUGAUUUUGUGGACCCUCUAUUUUGUUUGGCUUGUUGAAGGUGUAAUUGUUUCUGUGCUAGUAGGGCUGCAGUGUAGAACUUCUUGGGCACAAAAUGGAAGCACCUUUUGGCUUUAAGGGAUUUCUCUGUGCUCAAAACCAAUGAACUUUGUGGAAAUUUGCAAAGAAAAACAUUUGGAAAAAAUGACCUGUAUGAAAUAUUGUUUCUA